GCCGCGGUCACAGGUGGGCAGCGGCGAGGCCGGGUUCCGGCGCAUCGAGGUCGGAGACGUGUCCUUCCCCAGGCCUCUCAGGCCGCGGCAGCUCCCCCGCCCGCAGGGCAGGGGUUGACGGCAAAGCUGAAAGGCACGACAGGAUGUGAGCUUUCUACCUUCACCCUCCGAAGGCUUCUUACACCUCAUGGUGGCGGGUGCAGGUCAUGACCCUGAAGGGCAGCAUGAAACCUGCUAAGAAAAAGAAAACCCAGGAGCCUGAGUUGGAGCCCCUGUGCUGCUGCGAGUACAUAGAUCGAAAUGGGGAGAAGAACCACGUGGCUGCCUGCUUGUGUGACUGCCAAGAUCUGGAUGAAAGCUGUGAAAGAUGGAUUCAGUGUAAAUCGGUACAGCCAGAGACCUGCGAACGAAUUGUGGAUACGGUUUCUGAUCGCCUCCGAAUUCCUUGGCUCAGGGGAGCCAGAAAGGUGAACCUGAGUAUUGUACCCCCACUCAUCGUCCUGCCCGUGCUCCUCCACGUGGCUUCCUGGCAUUUCCUGCUGGGGGUACUGGUUCUGAUCUCCCUCCCCGUGCUGGCACUAUGGUACUACUACCUCACUCACCGAAGGAAGGAACGGACUCUGUUUUUCCUGAGCCUUGGACUGUUCUCGCUGGGUUACAUGUACUACGUGUUCCUUCAGGAGGUGGUCCCCAGAGGCCGCGUGGGGCCCACUCAGCUGGCUGUCCUUACCUGCGGGUUGCUUCUGGUACUCUUAGCCUUGUACCGAGCCAAGAAGAAUCCGGGCUACCUCAGAAGCCCCGCAAGCAAUGACAGUUCUCUAAGCAACAGCCAAAUCGAAUACCCGAACAGAAAAGGGCACGAGAAGACCAAAGGGUUCUCUGGAGCAGAUACGUCAGGGAGUCUCAGCAAUCGAACUGGGAAGGAUGAUCUGAAGGGCUCUUCCAGGAUGGUGGCUGGCAGUCCCACUGAGGUGAAGGAGGACUGGUGCGCCAAGUGCCAGCUGGUGCGACCAGCCCGGGCGUGGCAUUGCCGGUUGUGUGGCGUCUGUGUGAGGAGAAUGGAUCACCACUGCGUCUGGAUAAAUAGCUGUGUUGGAGAAUCAAAUCAUCAAGCAUUUAUACUUGCCCUUUUGAUCUUCUUGCUCACGUCGGUGUACGGGAUAACGCUCACCUUGGACACCAUCUGUAGAGGCAGAAGUGUCUUCACAGCUCUCUUCUAUUGUCCUGGAGUGUACACAGAUUACAGCUCGGCUCUGUCCUUCACCUGCGUGUGGUACUCUGUGAUCAUCACGGCGGGCAUGGCCUACAUCUUCCUGACCCAGGUGAUCAAUAUCAGCUACAACGUGACCGAGCGGGAAGUCCAGCAGGCCCUCCGACAGAAGACUGGGCGCCGGCGCCUCUGUGGCCUCAUCGUGGACACAGGCCAGUACAGCCGGGGCUUCCUGCGGAACUGGCUGCAGUUCUCCACCCUGGGCACCCAGGUUGCCCAGCACCCCGCUGAGGACAUUGUCUGAAGUGCCUUCUGUACGGCUCUGAGGGACGGCUGCACCCUCUGUCUCUCUUCCUUUUUACACUCUCGUGUCUACGCUGGAUGUUCCUUCUUACCCCAAAAGGCUUUAUAGGGCCGUGCUCAGGUUUAGAGGCUGGAUUGGGAAGAAGUUAGUGUUUUUGACUUUAUAUCAAAGCAGUCACGUACAGCCAUUCCUUUCCAGGCCCCUUGUUAACUCAGUCAUCAGGAGCUGAGAAGGAUGUGGGCUGCAAAUGCACCAAUUGAUGGGAGCAAUUCCCAUCCAUUAGUAUGGGAGAAGGAGCUUUGGAUUAGGGUAAUUUCUAGUCCCUCUUUCAAUUCUUAAUAGCCUUGUGACCCUUAGUUGAGUCACUUCCCUGAGUCUCAGGUUCAUCUGUAAAAUGGAGUCCUGACGCCUUCCUCAGUCGGCCACCUCAAAUCGCGGUCGUGAGGGUCACACAAGGGCUGAGGCGUGUGGAAAGCACUGAUGAGCAACUGAAACACCACAGAGGUGUGACUAUCAGGAAAACCCUAAGACUGAAGAAAAUGUUUGUAGGGCAGAAUAUUGAAGCCAAUAUUAGGGUACCGGUUUGCAGCAUUUCAGUGACAAAAGCUCCGUGUUGUACCACAUUGUACAGCCACGGGAUUUCUUUUCCAAGUAUUCGACAUUAACUACUCAAAGAGGGUAGUUAGAUGGAUUUAUGACACAAUUCAUCUGGUCUUGAAAGGACAGUUGGUAACAAUGAUAGUUACUGUUUGUUGUACAGUGGUCAUAACUUUAGGUGGUAGUAGGUAUUUAUCUUCCUUCUCACAUAUUUACUCUGUUUUGGUUUACUAUAAAUAACUCUGAUAGGCAUUAAUGUUUUCUUUCCUCUUGCCAUGUUUCACCUGGUAAGGUGCUAGCAGUCUUCUCUUGAUGGCUGGAAGAGGCAAAUGGACACUCCAGUGGGAAACACUUUACUCUUUCUCCUGGUAGGGAGGCUGAUGAGUAUCAAGGGCUUGAUUUUUGUUCAUGUGUUUCCAACGCCAUCAGUUGUGGCACUGAAUUGCAAAAAACAGUCUUCUGGUGUUGGCAUCAUCCUGGCAUGGGCUUUGUCGGGAGCUGACUGCCGUCUUCCAGAUUACUUCUUACUCACCUUUCCCUUUCAGCUCCUCUGAAUAAAAGUAUCUCCCUGGGAGGGGAAAAACAGGCUGCGUAUGGUUUCCACUGAUGAACAGGCUGCUCUUCUCCCCUAGCUGUUCCCAGAAUAAGGUGUUUCUUUAAACAUGUCUCAAAAUUGAAAAUGUGUAAGAGAUUAAAUAUUUAUAUAGAAUGAAUGGGUCACUCUGACCUAGACUUAAGACGAGAAAAUUUGGGAAGAGGAAAAUAGCCCCUGAAAUGUUUGUACGUGCAGCUUUCUUGUAAUUCCAAAGAUAACUCAUGAGUCCUUAAAUUUGCCUUGGUUUAUAUUGCCACAUCUUUCUCCCUCAGAGCGGCUGGUGAAUUCGAACCGCCGACCUUGCAAUUAGCAGCUGAGCGCUCAACCAGUGUGCCACUGGGGCUCCCUAUAGCUUAGUACAGGGAAAAUAUUGCCAGUGUUUGCCAUCUUUCUGCGCAUGCGGCUUUAGCAAGCGAUUUAUAAAUGUUGGUAGGAAGUAGUGCCGCUUCCCGAAGCCCUGCCCUCUGCAGCUAGCACUGUUCCUAGACUUGCUGUUCACCAGGCUGUCCCUAAGACAGUCACCACGAUUCACUCAGGCUUGGGAGCCGCCUGGCGUCGCUCUGCCCACAGAUAUACUGACGAACGAACGUCCUGCUCUGCGUUCUGCUGGGAUGAGCCAAAGAGCAAGCGUGGGGAUGUUAGCAGAGGCCGUGGUUUCUGCAGUGACGCCCUCUCCCUGGCCCAGGGUCAGAUAAUUCAUUUGGAAUUAAAGUUGGAUGUCCUCUUACUCCUUUCUUGUAGGUUUUAGGUAGGAGAGUAGUAACAUCCAGGGCAGCGUAUGUGGCCAGAGUCAUAGUUGUUGCGUCUUGUGAAUGCCAGGUGUAGAGCCAACUCUGAUUCUUGCACAACUGGUGAUGAAAAUCCUGAGUAUAGUUUGUAGUUUAAACCUCUUGCCAAAUCUUUAACAGCAAUCAAAAUGUGAUGCGAUGAAGGUGACUGGUAUGAAAAAAGUCAUUUGGGAGAACUGAGAAUGACGAUCAUCUUCUUAACACAUCUCUGGUAGGGUUACCUGGAUGGGGUAACUCAGUUUCCCUCGCUUGGAUAGGGACACCUGGUAUAUGAUCCUGGCUCAUUGGAAGGAAGAUGAUUGUUUUAAGUUCCUUGAAAACUCACGGUUACCAGUUCAUAGAAGAAAGCUACCAUCUCUUUUAAAAGCCUAUUGAAGUGUGUGUACCCAAAAGGAACAGCAAACGGAGGCUAUCCAAGAGCAGCGUUUUAUAGGCUCUAGGACAUCCUUGGUCUCUACCUCUAGUCUUUGAGUCCUCUUAUGAUCUGGGACUACUUGAGGGAUUUUGUUAUUGGCCUUGGCUCUUUCCAGAAGGCAGGAGAACGUAUUGUGCAUCCUCUUAUGAACAAGGCCCCUGUGAAUGAGAAGCACUGGGUAAGGGCAUUGCCCUUUGAACCUACCAACCAGCAGUCCCUUGGCCAUACGAACAAGCUUCGGGCAUGAUUCUAGAAAAGCAGGUCCCCUUAUCUCACCCACAUCCUCAGCUUUGUUUACCUACCACUUACGUUCCUGUCACACCACUGCCUCCUGUUCCUGGGGACGAGAAAUGGUCUGUUUGAAAGACACAGUUAAGAUCAGGAUUGCAUGAGUGGGUGACACACAGAGUACUUCGUGGUGACAGCCAGGCCCACCUGAAGUGAAGUGACCGUUGACAGCGCCUCUUCAGUGGGCUUCUCGCGCUGCUGAAGUAGAGCCUUAAGCAUGUUCCAGGGAGAGAGUGUGCUCCUUAUUUCACCUCAGCCAAUUGUGUUUGUGUUUGUGUCGAGGACAGUGUAAGUCUCUGCUGUCCAAGUAGCGUCUUUCUUUGGUGAGUGAAGUAAUUGUCUCCCACUGUACCAUUUGCCUAGCAGAAAGAUUGCUACAAACUUUCUCUUAAGCGAUAGUCCUUGGUACUUCUAAUAUUUUUUAGCAAGAGAUAAUUUUCAGUACCAGAAUCUUCCGCUGCCAGAAAACACAAUGCCAGUAAGGUUCUAUAUAAACCUGAACACUGCGUAACAGACUCUGUUUCUUUUGGGUAGUGCAGUAGCUUUUUAUUAUAAGCUCAACUAUCAUAAGCAAAAAUAAGACAUCUAGAAGCACAGUUUUAACCAGAUGUUUAAAUAUUAAUGUUUUAUGUGGUCAAAGAUCCCUUUAAAAUAGGUAAGUCUGUAUGGACUUGGAGCAGUGAACUCUGUAACGCAUGGGGUUGCCUUGAUGACUCAAUGGCAACGAGUUUUUUUUUUUAAUAUUUACGGACUUAACGUCAUUUGAGCCAUAUUUUGGUACCCUGAAAUUUGCAAAUGAGAUUGUAGAGGCCUUCACGUCAGACAGCUGUUUGGAAUCUGGUUUUGUCGUCAGCAGCCGGACAAGUCUGACAUCUUACUUUAGACGUUGCAGGGAGACGCAGGGAGAAUGACAGCCAGGCUUAACUCAGGACUGAGGAAAUUCAGUGUGUUCCCGGGGAUGUUUGCUGUGAUUAAUACAAACUGUUUGCAAAAUCAGCUACCUUUCAUCCUGUUGCUAAUGGACAGUUCUCCACACCUCAGCGGGCAACAGGCCAAAAGGCCUAUCCGCCCCAGGCCACAACUGAACGGUCAGUAGAGGCUCUGGCUGCCUUCGAGUUGGGCGUGUCACCUUCUCUAGCCUUCCCUGUGGCACUUUCCACAUCUAGAAAAUUCAUACUGUAAAGGCAGAGCUUUUAAAAAGAGAUCUAGUCUGUUCUAGUUACGGAUGCAACUAAAACUCUUUCUUCAGAUGGAGAAAAAACGCCGAAUUACACAGCUCGCAAGCCCAACACGUUGUGAUCCUGCGGUCCGGGUGACGUGAUUGCUGGGCCUGGUAGAGGGCUUUGGAGCCUUUUCAUUUGAUCACAUUUCAGGGUCUGCUGUAGGACGAAAGGCAAUCUAGGACUAUUUAUUUACUAGUAAAUCAAUAUUUAGUGUUUCACAUAAGUGGCCCAGCAACACGAAAGGAAGCUGGGUGCUGACCACUUUGCACUGUUUUUAUAUUUGUAUUCGUGUCCUCUUAAUCACCUCAGACUCAGACACAGUCCUUUUCAAUGGAGAUUUAAAAAAAUUACUGCCAUUCAUGUGAAAUAACAUACUGUGACCAAGUUGUUCAAAUGGAAAAUAAAGUGCUUUCUUUAAAGGAAAACCGUCG